AGUGAAUGUCAGGACGAAGCGUUUCAGUCUCUUAGUAACUCCAUCUGAUGCGUCGUAUAAGUUAAAAAUCAUUUUUAUUUUUAUUUGAUUGUAUAAACAUAAAAUAAACAAUAUAAAAUAUAAUUUCAAAAAACUUGAAAUAAAGUUAGUUAUUUCAUAAGAGCCAAAUUAGUUUUGAAGAAAUUUAAUUAUUAUACAAAUUUAUUUCAAUACUUGUGUGUCACGUGAAAAUAUAAAGACGUAAGUUUAAUAAUUGUGAUGAAUAGUGAGCUCAGUAGAAUGAAUCAGGAUAAAUACACAUGCCUUUUUAAAUCUGUGAUCACCUGAUUUAGUUUGGAGUCAAGUAUUGUUAUAACAUACAACCAAUAAAUAUUCAACUUGAUAAAGAAGACAUCAACUGUUUUGAAAUAUGAAGACAAGAUAUAAUCUUUUACACAUACAGUGGUAUGUACUUUUUCAACUUCCCUUCCUUCAAGAAAUUUUAUCGACAACGUGCAUAACACCUCUUCAACAAUCAGGAGAGUGUGUUCAGAUAAGAAAUUGUCCAAGUCUCUUAAAUAUUUUACGAACCAAAGGAGAAGCUGCUGGAGAUUUCUUACGUAGAUCCGUAUGUCAAUACGAAGGAAAAAAUCCUAUAGUAUGUUGCCCUGCAAAAUUUAACGACAAUAAUAAUAAUGGAAACAUAAAUCCUGAUACUAAUAAGGAAACACAGCAUCUUUUUGACAAAUAUAAUUCUUUACAUCCUCCACAAUGUGGUUUCAGUAAUAUCAGUUACUCAAGAGUAGUUGGAGGAGUUCCUGCAGAAGUAGGUGAUUGGCCAUGGAUAGCUGCUCUUGGAUAUCAGUUUAAAAAAUCUAGUGAAAAUAUUAAAUGGCUUUGUGGUGGUUCUUUAGUUUCUUCAAAACACGUUUUAACUGCAGGACAUUGUGUCUAUAAUCGUCCAGAUUUAAUAUUAGUGCGCUUGGGAGACUUAGAUUUAUUCUCAAAUACUGACAACGUUCAACCACUUGAUGUUCUUAUUGAAAAAUAUAUUUUACAUCCUGAAUACAGUGCAACUACCUAUACAAAUGACAUUGCUAUUUUAAAAUUAAAGGAUAAUAUACCCUUCUCAGCUUUAAUUCAUCCAAUAUGUCUUCCAUUAGCAGACGACAUUCGAAAGCGAGAUUUUGCCCGCACCUUUCCUUUUAUUGCAGGAUGGGGCUCUAUUUAUUUUAAUGGUCCUUCAAGCAGUCAUCUUCAAGAACUUCAAAUUCCCAUAGUUGACACGUAUCAAUGUCAAAAAGCUUUUAAGCAAUUUAAAACAUCAACAAUUGAUGAACGAACAAUUUGUGCUGGUUACGCAAGAGGUGGAAAAGAUGCAUGUCAAGGAGACAGUGGAGGACCUUUAAUGUUUCCUAAAGAAACAACAUUUUAUCUGAUUGGCAUUGUAUCAUUUGGAUUUCGAUGUGCAGAACCUGGAUUUCCUGGAGUAUACACUCGAAUAACGGCUUUUUUGGAUUUUAUACAAACGAAUAUGACAUAAAUGUACUCUCAAUGUUUAACCCUAUUGUCAUGGUAUAAUGACAAUUCGUCGAUAUAAUUAUAUAUAAGUUCAAUUGCUUAAUAUAAAAACAAGAAAAUAAUAACACUUUUUUUGAA